AUGCCUCCGAGAACCUCCGGUUCCGGGUCCGGGUCCGGGUCCGGGUCCGGCGCCGCUACUGCCAAGCUCCGCCGGGCACAUCGCAAGUCCCGGAACGGCUGUUGGGAGUGCAAGAGACGACAUAUCAAGUGCGAUGAGAAUCGUCCUGCCUGUAGUAACUGCGUCGUCAGUGAGAGGACAUGUUCAUUUCCUGCUCAGCCCACUCCAGCCGCUGCACCAACUCCGCCAGAGCAGCCUGUGUCUUCUUUCAACGAGCCUCUGAGUACCAGCCAGGUUGAGAGUCCUGCCGAGAGCAUCUCGAGCACUGCAGCCUCUUACAGGCCUUCUUCAAUACCGCCUCCGUCAUAUCUUGCACCAAACUCUAACAACUCUGGCUUCUCGUCGAAUGUUGAUGAAGGCCCGCAUUCGACUUCGCUGCCAUCUUUCACAGAAUCCUUCGCUGCUGCAGACUUGUCUGAGUCGCCUUUAUCAACGUCACUAUCAGACGCUCUUCCUACGCCAUCCUUUACUAACAAGCACCUCAUACUAUUACAUCACUUCCGCAAAUCUCUACUAUUCGAUGUUGACAACGUCGACAUCAUCAUAGACCUCGCCCUCGACUGGUCAUCAGAAGCGCCGUACGCUCUGGACCAGCUACUUGCUAUAUCAGCAGAUCACCUUGCCAUGACUCUUGUCGAGAGUUCAGCUGAAAGCGCAGCUUCUUGGAGACGUAUCGCCACCGAGUUGCAGACUCGAGCUCUUACACACUUUAACAGAGACAGCCAAGACCCUGCCAGUUACGAGUCUCGCUUCGUUCCUCGUUUCCUCCUCUCGUCUUUGCUGAGCUUACAUAUGCUUUACGACACACUCACACAGUAUCGAGCCACAUUUCACGUCUUUAUAGAGCGGUUCUGUGACUCUGUAUGCCUUCAUCGCGGCGUAAAAUCGAGUUCAUCGCCAGGCUACCAAACUCUUAUCAGGUCUCCUCUAGCGCCAUUCUUUCUAGGGGUAAAAAACGCAGCAGAGCUCGGUGAUAAGGGCGAUGAGUGUGCCCCUCUCAUAACUCUCAUCGAAAACUCUGAUCUGAGUCCAUCAGCUGUAGAAGCCAGCAGUACAGCCGCUCGUACAUUACAGUGGGCUUUCAAUGUUCACAGGAAUCUGCCCAGGAGUAUAAACGUACAAGCUGCCUCGGCAUUUCCAGUUGUGUUGGACGAUAACUACGUAGAGCUAGUUCGGAAGCAUCGCCCCGAAGCAUUGCUCGUCUUGGCUUAUUAUGGUGUUCUGCUCCACCGAUGUCGACAUGUCUGGUUGUUUGGCGAUUCAGGCGCGUUUCUGAUACGUUUGAUUACGGAUCAUCUUGGAAGCUACUGGAAGGAUGCUUUGCGAUGGCCCCUUGAGGAGUUGGAAAGGGAUCAAGGAUGA